AUGGUCACAAAGCAGUGGAUCCCUAUGGCCAAUGAGAAGCACAGCAAGAACAUCACCCAGCACGGCAACAUCGCCAAGACAUCUAGGAACACCCCAGAGGAGAAGGCAUCAGUAGGGGUCUUCAUUUUUGUGGUUUGUGGCUCGGCAAUUUUCCAGAAUAUUCAGAGUAUCAGGACAGGCAUGUGA